AUACUUUUUCAAUUGACAAACUCCAAUUAAAUGAGGCACCAAUUAUUGAUUGGUUGCGGUCCAUCAAAUAUCAUUUGACAAUAAUAGAUUUAUGUAUUUUGUUUAUAUUUUCAGCUCAACUUCACGCAAUGCGCAUCAUCUUCCGAAUUCUACUGCCUUUGCUGGCUUGUGUAUUUUACAAUGAUGCUGUUACUUUCAAAUUUACCAAUUUUGUGUGUGUAAAUAAUGCCAAGUCUGUUCUUACUGUCGAGGAAUGUCGUGUACGAGCUGUAAGUCGAAACAGAAAUACUUUUAACUUGAACAUAACACUGCUGCAUCCAGUUAACUGGGCUCGAAUUGAUGGACAAAUCUUUAAAAAGGGUGAAAGUCUUAAGUAUCAGCCUUGGCUAUACUCUGCAUCAAUUGAUGGCUGUCGUUUUGUAAAGAAAGCCUAUCAUCCCGUAGCCAAUAUUGUCUAUAAGUUGUUUAAGCCAUUUUCUAAUCUCAAUCACACUUGUCCUUUUGAGGGUACGAUUCUGUUAAGAGGAUUUUAUUUGAGGUGGGACGUAUUGCCAAAUGCGAUACCUACUGGCGAGUAUAUGUUAAACAUGAACUGGGUCUUUUCUAAUACUUCAUCAUUGACAACAAAUUCAUAUUAUGAAUUCAAAGAGGAUGCCUAAGAUUCUAAAAUGCUUUUAAUGAGAACAAUAAUA